AUGGUGCGGCGGCGGCAGCGGCAGCUGUCCGGCAGGCGCGCUCAUGCUUUGCGCGCUCGCCGCAGAGGGGAAAUCGGUGAGGCUGCUCCAGUGGCCAGCGGGCGGCAGAGAACUAGGAGGCGGACCAGCGCAGCGGAAUUGGCUGGUUCAGAGGCAGGUGCAGCCAGCGGCAGUGGUCAGUUUGGGAAGGGGGAUAACGUGGAGGAAGCUAGGACAACGCGCUACCUGACAAGGGAGGAGGAGAUUGAGCUGUGCGCAGCCGUCAAGAGGGAGGCGCAGCUGCAGAAGCUCAGGGGCGAGGCAGCAGUGGCGGAGGGGCGCCAGCUGUCAGAUGAGGAAUGGGCAGAGAGGGCCGGGCUGCCAUCUGUCAAGGCCUUGCAUAAAGCCUUAGAGGCCGGGCAAGCUGCAGGGCUCCACAUUGUGAAAGUGAACAUGGGCCUGCUUAUGAAGCUGACCGGCAAAUUUCACAGUCAGGGCAUGACUCAGGCCGAGCUGAUGGUGGAGGCGAAACAGGAGCUGCUGCGAGUGGCGGAGAUAUUUGACGCGUCUAAAGGGGCGCGCCUGACCACCUACGCCUGGUACUACAUCAUGAGCCGGAUCACCAGGAUGGUGAUGAAGGAGAGCGGGCUCCUGCCGAUGAGCGGUGCAUUACAGCAGCUGGCGCGUCGGAUGAAGACCGUGGAGGAUAACCUGUCUUUAUCACUUGGCCGCAACCCCACUCUCGCGGAGAUCGCUGCGCAUGUGGGAAUCACAGAACAGCGAGCAGCAGGCAUCCUGAAUCGCAAGAGGAACACUAUCUCUUGGGACCUGAAGGCAGUGAAUGGGGACAAGAAUGCCGCGGUCUUCGGCGAUGAGGCCAUCUCUGAUGGCUGGGAGCGCGAAUACAUGCAGGAGGAAAAGGAAAGGAGUGUGAAGAACGUGAUCGAGCUCGCACUGGAUGUCCUGGGGGACGAAAGAAUGCGCACAGUGAUGAGGUGGCGUUACGGACUGGUCGACGGGGUUCCCCGUAGCCUCACGGAAACCGCCCAGAAGGUGUUCGAAUACGAAUCCUCAACGGCGGGAAAGCUAAAAAAGCGUUCUGAGCUGCCCGCAAAGCCACUGACGGUAGAGCGCAUUCGAGUGCUUGCCAACGAGGGGCGCGAGCGGAUGGAGGCCUUCAUUCGCGAGCAUAACCUGCUGCGCGAUCUGUUGAAUUGA